CAUCUUCAUCUACCUUAUGCCUGAUGGCCAUGGGGAUACAUAUGACAUGUAAUCUACGUGGAAGAUAAAUUUUUCUUAAUAUUUUCCCCCAAUCAAAAUCCCCAGAUCUACGGUUACAAUUGUAAUUCACCCCUUACCAGAAUACUUCUUCUUUGCUCGUAUAUAUACGCACCACAUGUAUUAUCAGAUGAUCCUAAUUUAUCCCCAGCAUUCUAAAAUCUUCCCAGGGUUUUUCAUCAUCAACAGCUCAAGAUAUUUUAUUUAAUUGGUACUUGUAUUUAUUUGUUUAUUGAUCAGAAAAGUAAAAUAUUAUACUUCGUAUUUGUUUAUUAUUUUAUGGAAUUAUUAGUAUCCUUACGUACAUAGGAUAAAGUUUUGAUCUUUGGAAGAAUUUAGAUUCAGAUCUGCACAGUUCUUUGUGGGUCUGCUUUCUUUUUCGUUAUCAUGAACCUUUGAUUACACUUCACUCCAUUCUCCACCUUUUUUCCACUUCACGCUGCCUUCAAGAUCUCCAUUUUGCAUUUUUUUCCCUAUAAAUCAAGAAUAUUAGUCUCUUUUUUGCAAAUUAUAAAUCAGAUUUUCUCUGGUGCAAUUUACAUACAUUUAGGUGAUGAUUUUUUUCUAUAAAAAAUUGUCCAUAUAUAAAUUUAAAUUUGUCCUUAUUGCUGAAUUAUGUUUAAAUGUAGAAAAAAUGCAUUUGAAAUCUGAGAUUUUAUAAGAAUACUACAAGAUUACAUAAUUGUCAACAAUGUGUUUAUACUCCAAGAUUGCAUAUUGAUCAUAGAUAUGCUUUACAAUUCGGGGAUCCAUGUAAAUUAAAAAGUCUCUUGGAGUGUUAUUGUAAAAAUAUUGAAUUCCUUGGAGUGUUGGUGAUAUAUAUGAAAUCUCGGAGUAUUUUUUUUUAUGAAAUCUCAAACAUCUUGGAGUAUUGGCAUGAGUUUUUCCUUAAAUACAUGUUGACUUUCUUUGGGCAGAUCUUUUAUUGCAUUUUAGUAAUAAUUCAAUGCUGAGAUUAGUGAAAAGAUUGCAUUUUUAUCUUCUUUUUCUAUCAGUAUAAACUUUUGGAGUCAUUGAAUCAUACUUGAUCAUUUGAUUUCAACUUUCCUAGGUGGGUAAUUUGAAAAAUGGCUGGAAAUGGAACAAAGCCCCCUCCAGAGCCGUCACCUUUGAGAAAGGCUAAAUUUUUCCAGGCAAACAUGAGGAUUUUGGUAACCGGUGGUGCUGGCUUCAUCGGGUCCCACCUCGUCGACAAGCUUAUGCAGAAUGAGAAGAAUGAGGUGAUUGUUGUGGAUAACUAUUUCACUGGGUCAAAGGAUAACCUCAAGCAGUGGAUUGGCCAUCCAAGAUUUGAGCUUAUUCGUCAUGAUGUUACAGAGACAUUAUUGGUUGAAGUUGAUCAAAUUUACCAUCUCGCUUGCCCCGCUUCUCCAAUUUUUUAUAAGUACAAUCCUGUUAAGACAAUUAAGACAAAUGUAAUUGGGACAUUAAACAUGUUGGGACUUGCCAAGAGAGUUGGAGCAAGGAUUUUGCUGACAUCAACUUCAGAGGUUUAUGGAGAUCCUCUUGUGCACCCUCAGGACGAGAGUUAUUGGGGGAACGUUAAUCCAAUUGGAGUUAGGAGUUGCUAUGAUGAGGGGAAGAGAGUGGCUGAGACUUUGAUGUUUGAUUAUCACAGGCAGCAUGGGAUAGAAAUCCGCAUUGCUAGAAUCUUCAACACUUACGGUCCGAGAAUGAACAUCGAUGAUGGCCGUGUCGUUAGCAAUUUCAUCGCUCAAGCAAUUCGGAAUGAGCCCUUAACUGUCCAGUUGCCCGGAACACAAACCCGUAGCUUCUGCUAUGUUUCUGACAUGGUUGAUGGUCUCAUUCGGCUCAUGGAGGGAGACAAUACCGGGCCGAUUAACAUUGGGAAUCCAGGUGAAUUCACUAUGAAAGAACUCGCAGAGACUGUGAAAGAGAUGAUAAAUCCAGAAGUGAAGAUCAUAGAGGUGGAGAACACUCCGGAUGAUCCACGGCAAAGAAAGCCAGACAUCACAAAGGCAAAGGAGUUGCUGGGGUGGGAACCGCAGGUGAAGCUGAGGGAUGGGAUUCCUCUAAUGGAGGACGAUUUUCGAACCCGGCUUGGCAUCCCCAAGACCCACUAGUCACUCAUCACCUCUGCAUCUCCAUCCCCAAACUAUAUACAUACCUUCAAAGAAAUGCUCAAAUGUUUACCAAGUAUUGUAUUGUCUUCUUAUUCUUCUUCAAAACCUUGAAGUAUUUUUUUUCUUUCUUUGGUGGGAAUUUACUUGUGACAACAUAUAAGUAUCUCAAUUAUAAAGGAUUUGUGGAAAA